UGACGGUUGCUCUGGCGGCGGGGGCGGCGUUGGCUUUUUGUCCUCCGAGCUCCCGGAGCGCCCCAAUGGAAGCGGAGCCGGGUCCGGGCCGGCGCUGCUGCUGCAAACCGGGGGGGCGGCUGGACAUGAGCCACGGCUUCGUGCACCACAUCCGGCGGAACCAGAUCGCCCGAGAUAAUUACGACAAGAAGAUGAAGCAGGCAGCCAAGGAGAAGGUGCGGAGGCGGCUCACCCCCGGCCCUACGAGGCCCCGAAAGCCCGACCAGCAGGUGUACUUACCCCGACGACGCUGCGAGGCGAGGCUGAGCCGGCCCGCAGCCUCCACUGGGAGCCGGGAUACAAACUUCCCUGCAUGCAGCCUGGACUAUGGGGAGUCGAGUGAGAGCGGCAGCAGUGGCAGCUCAGACCCAGAGCCCCCCAGCCUUCAGCUCUUCUGCCUCGAAUACGAAGCAGACAGUGGGGAAGUCACAUCUGUCAUCGUGUAUCAGGAUGAUGACCCAGGAAGGGUGAGUGAGAAAGUCUCAGCCCACACACCGCUGGACGCGCCCAUGCGAGAGGCCCUCAAGAUUCGCAUCCAGGAAGAGAUGGCAAAGCGGCAGAGCCGGCCCUGAGUGCCCGCUUUCCUGGGACUAGACAGACUGACUUGGCUGUACCAUCAGAGCUGGAGGUUACCCUGCCCCCUUUACCCUGGGGACUCCAGGCCCUCUGCGGUCUCCCCACUCAGCUGCUCAGGCUCUCGAAGAAGUGUCCACUGCCAAGCUGGCCCCUGGCAUCUCCUCUGCUGUGACUCCUCUGCCAUCUCACCACAGACCACAGCUGCCGGGGAGUUGCAGAGAAGGGUUUCUCUGGCCAGGUGUCCUGCUAGCUCCAAUUCCUGAGACGUGCAGCUCCCAAUCAGCGAGAGCCCUGAAGAGCCCCACCUCUCCCAGGGCUUAGUCCCCUAAGCCCUGUACCAAUCGAUGUACUCCAUUUCCAAGGGAGGUUCAUGCCCUCUAAAUCCGUGCUAGUGUUUGGGAAAGUUCCUCCUCGUGGCCCUGCUUCCCCUGACCAAACUCCUGGAGCAUUUUCUCAGCCCUUGCUCCCUCCAUUUGCCCCCUUUCACUUCCAUGUUACUGUCUCAGGUGGGCCUUGCAGCAGCUCUCAGCCUGCACAGCUGUUUGUUUUCUCAUUUUGACUACUCUUAGCAAUAUCUACAAGAGAUCCAAGGAGAAGACUGAGCAAAACCCCAGGAACGUUGGGGGGGAUCAGUCAGAACCCUGCGUAUUCCAUUUGCCCUCCCUAGCAAGGAAGUCCUGCCGUGCCUGGCCCAUCAAAGCUGGAAUGUCAGUGGAGCUGAGAUGCUUCUGAAGACGGUGAGGCUGGAGGACAUCUGAAAAUGAGAUUACAGACAGAGACUCUCCCAACUGACUCGGCACUCUCCAAAUUAACAAAGGGGUGCUGAGCAAGCAAUAAUUAUCCAACUGGAGACCCACUGCUCCUUCAUCUUUUCCUCUUCUUUAAAGAAGAACCCAAACCCUUGCCCAGAUCAUAUCCAGAGAUCCCUUUGCCCUUCCGCUCCCAGACUCUGCCAUCUCACAUUGCCCAUCUUUGAGUGUAUAAAGUAUGGUUGAGAUUCUUAGAAUAAAGGUAACCAAAGGAAAA